AUCCAGCUGUCCGCUCUGGUUGGUAAGACCCGUGAAGAAUCAUGUGGGUUCUGGAGAAAAUCCGGAGCUCAGUGGAGAACAAUGCUCCCCGACCAGGGGAGACAGGAGACAAACAGGACAAAGCACCCAUCUACAGCAAUGUUCUCACACCUGAUAAGAUACCGGACUUCUUCAUCCCUCCCAAGCUGGUGACCGCUCCACCAGAGACUGAAACAUCAGAAGUAAAGCCCAAGGACAGUCUCUGGCCUUCCACCUCAGAGCAGACCAUUGGCAACAAAGUCAGCAGCCCUCGGAGUCCUCGUCUGGUUAGCAAACUAGCUGGAGACACCAAAAACCUGCUAAGGGCUGCCAACCGACACAUCAUUCAGAUCGAGAGUGCAGAUGAUGUUGUUGCAGGGGACACCAAUGCUGACCCUCAAUCCCAGACAGCUAUGUCUUUGUCGUAUAUUCCGAAGACUCAGACCUCAUAUGGAUUUGCUACACUAAUGGAGAGUCCCCACACUCGCCGGAAAGAGUCACUCUUUCACUGUGACCACACAAGCCCAGUCACAUCCCCCAACACCCAACGCAAGUCACCAGGCAAAACCAGCAUAGAAGUUAGCCAUCUUAACCCUUUGGAUUUCAAUACAUCCCACAUCAACCCAUAUCGCUAUUUUAGUGGGGGCGAGAGUGACACAUGCUCCUCAGCUGAAUCCUCCCCUUUCAGCUCACCCCUGCUGUCCCGCUCUGCCUCCUUGCUCAAGAUCUUCACUCAUGAGACCCAGGCCAAAGUUGUCAAAGCCAAGAGGACUUUUGCCAGACACAGUUCCCUGUCCACAGAUGAGUGCAGCUCUGCAGAGCCCAGCCCCAGCAUACCCAGGAGGCUCCACUCUCCUGCAGCUGGUGGACCUCUGGACCAUCAUCAUGGGAAAGACAGACAGCAAAAAGAACACACAAUCAACCUCCACAAGGGAGGCAUGGUGCGUCUCUGUGCUGAUUAUGACCCAGGAGCUGCACGUUUGCGUGUACGCCUCAUUGCUGCUGAGGAUCUUUAUGACCAGACAAUUGAUAUAAAGAGCAUUAACUGCUGUGUGUCACUUUACCUCAACCCAGGAAAGCAGCAAAAGCAGAGAAGCACUAUAAUCAAGAACAGCCGCAAUCCCGUCUUCAAUGAGGACUUCUUUUUUGAUUCUGUGAGCUCAGCUCAGGUAAAAAGCCUGUCUCUGAAGAUCAAAGUGGUGAACAAGGGUACUAGCCUGAAACGGGACAGCCUAGUUGGAGAGAGAGAGGUUCCUUUGGGAAAGCUGCUGUCUGGUCUUUAA